GGUGUGUGUAUCUGCAUAUUAUGACCGUUUAAUCCGCUCAACGGGCUGCUGUGCGCGCUCCCGCGGCCGCAAUCAGAUUCUGGCAGAAUCACUUUUUGGCACGAGACCUGUUGGCACGACAACGGCAGUCAAGAAUCUACUUGAACAGUGAGAUUUUUCCUGAGACACGGAAAGGAGAACACCACAAUUCCAGCCUCUCUGAACACAUGCUGUUCACGUGUGCUUUUCUGCUCCAUCACACAAGGAGACCUACAAAUGGAGAAGAUGAUCUGCAGGAUCCUGCUGCUCAUCAUCCUCACAUCACAUGUCUGUGCAGCAACAUUUGUAGUGAAUGUGACACAGAGCUCCUAUCAGACAGAGGAGAACCACAACAUCACCCUGGAGUGGACCUUCACCCCCAAACCUGAACCUUCCUCCAGACCUCCUGACAUCUACUGUGAACUCAGAACUUAUCUCAGACCCUUAAUGCUGUUUCAUGUGGUGAACGGAGUUGAGAUGACCUUUUAUCACGAUGAACAGUUUGCAGGACGAGUCCAGAGCGACAGAGAUGCUCUGAGAGAGGGACGACUAAGACUCCACAUGUCCAGACUCAGGACUGAGGACUCAGGACAGUACUGGUGUAGACUGGACACAGAGUCUGGAUGGGGGUCUGCCAGCUGUGAAGUCCUCGUCUCUGCAGCUGCUGAUCUUCCACCUCAGACACCAGCGAUGGUCCCAGAACAAGAACCUCAGGAGACGAAAAGAUCCUACGAUGGAGCACGAGUGGGAGGAAUAAUUGCAGCAGGAGUUGGAGUUGUUGCAGCAGCUGCUCUUCUGAUUAUUUUUGUUACAGUUUUAGUGAAGAAAAGGAGAAACCCUCAAGGAAUCAUACACCUCUGAUGAAUCACAACGUGAUGAUUUGAGUCACUAAACUGAGUGACUGCAGGACUCCUCCUUCAACAUCUGAUUGGAGGACAAGAAAACUAACUGCCAUUGUCCUGAAUUUGGGGGAGGAACCAAAUUCAGGAGAUCCAGAGAUAAAUAAUUAUUUGAUCAAUAACUACAACUGAUCAUUUGUAAAGUUAUUGAUCAAAUAAAACCUGCUGGUCUGUGACAGAUGUUACCUGCACAUCUGGACAAACCUCUGAUCUCCUCUGCUCUGACUUCACUAAAGUACUUAGUGACAUUAUUAUCCUCCGUAUUAGUGUUGCCACAACAACGGAUUCAAAAUCACCAACUCUGAUCCUAUAACAAUAAUAAUAAUAAUAAUAAUAAUAAUACAUUUUAUUUGUAUAGCGCUUUUCAAGGCACUCAAAGACGCUUUACAUUAGUCAAAAUCCUUAAAGGCAAUACACAUAGGACAAUUACAUGGACAGUACAUGAGGACACAAAAUGACACAGGACAUUAAUCACAUAUAACACAACAACAGAGUGACGGAUGGACCGGAUGUUGUUGUGGUAAAUCACGUAUUUAUGUGAAAAAACGUACCCAAAAUAAUUUUCAAUUUAAAAUGUAUUAAAAACAUGCUCUACUUUGAAGAAUCAACAUUCUGUUUUUUAAAAAACAGCAACAUGUGAAAGAUUUAAUUAAUUAAAAGUAUAUUUUUUUACA